CAUUCUCAGUUUGCCAAGCAUUUCCGCCGGCCGUUCCUUCUCCAUAUAGCGUCCAGCGUCGGCCUUCCUCCGCUUCCUUUGCAGGUCGCCAAGCAUUGCCGCCGGCCAUUCUCAGUUCCCACCUGCUAGUGGCAGAAUGGAAGCAUUCUCCACACAAUCACUCUCCAUUUCUGCGUUGCCUCCGGCUCCUACUCCUCUUAAUCGAAACCCUAAUCGUUUCUCCUCUUCUUCUCCCAAUCCCAACUUUCCGCGCCUCAAUUCUCCCUCCCCCAUCCCCACCUUCUUCCACCACCGACGGAGAACGGUACCACUCGCCUUCUCCGAUCACCGGUCGGAAGAACCUCCCGCUACUCCGUCACUUCCGACUUUCUCCAUAUUUGUUGCUGCGGCAUCAGCUCUACUCUUUCUCCGUCUCUCAGGAAUCCCCGUCUGCCCUGCUGCAAUCGCCGCCGCUCGUCCUCUCCCUGCAUUAUCCGCGCCAGACGAUUCAGCUCAUCCGGAUGAUGCAACUUCAUCUGGGAAUGUGGAGAGAGUUGAAGUUGAUGAGGAGCUUGAAGCUGCAUUCGAUACUUGGAAGUCGAAGACAUUUGCUUUAUCAGUUCCUCUACGUGUUGUUGCUCUUCGUGGCUCAGUUCCCCCCUCAUGGCUCAAGGAUUUCAUCCAGUCUCAGAGCAAGAGGUUAAAGUUCAGCACCAAGUUUGUACCAAGUCUUGAGAGCAUCUUUGCUGAUCUAUCGGUGCCAAUAACCGACACGAAACGCAAAGUUGCUGCAACGUCUGUUGUGGCUGCUGAUUUAGUCAGUGUUGGUGACUCCUGGCUGAGUUAUGCAAUCAAAAGGGGAAUGAUCGAGCCAAUGAAUGGGGUGGAGGAUCAGGAUUGGUUUAAGGGCUUGAGCGAGAAAUGGAAGGUAUAUGUUCGCAGGAAUCAUCAGGGCGAAAUGGAUCCUGAAGGUCAGAUAUGGGCUGCACCAUAUCGAUGGGGUGGUAUGGUUAUAGCAUACAAGAGAAGCAAAUUUAAGGACCAUAAAUUGGCUCCAAUAGAGGACUGGGCAGAUUUAUGGCGGCCUGAGCUUGCAGGCAGGAUUUCAAUGGUUGAUUCUCCUCGAGAAGUUGUUGGUGCAGUCCUAAAAUAUAUGGGUGCCUCCUACAACACAACUGACAUGAACUCACAAAUCGCUGGAGGAAAGAAUGCGGUGCUACAGAAUCUGGCGUCACUAGGGAAACAGGUCCGACUAUUUGACAGCACGCACUAUCUAAAAGCAUUUGGAGUGGGAGAUGUAUGGGUAGCGGUUGGAUGGAGCAGUGAUGUUCUUCCUGUUGCAAAGCGUAUGUCGAAUGUUGCAGUUAUUGUCCCCAAGUCUGGGACUAGCUUGUGGGCUGAUCUGUGGGUUGUCCCAGCGACUUCCAGGGUUGAAGCAGCAAACCAGCUCGGGGGACGAGUCAGAGGGCCAUCUCCACUAAUUCACCAGUGGAUCGAGUUCUGUCUGCAGAAUGCAAGAGCAUUGCCCUUCAAGCAGGAGGUAAUCCCUGGGUCAAUUCCCUCGAUGCUCGACAGUAACUGUCAACCCGAAAUGCCUAAAGAGCUCGACGAAGGCAAACCCAAACUCGAGUCGAAUCUCGUUGGUGGAGCACCUUCUCCCGAGAUUUUGAGCAAAUGCGAGUUCCUGGAACCGCUAUCUGAAUCCGCGGCUUCAGAUUAUAAGUGGCUUGUUGGUAGCAUGCAGAGCGCUGAUGAUGGCCUAGCUGGUGAGGCACUUCUAAGUUUCAAAAAUUCCAUUGUUGGGUCAGACACUGUACUUUCAUUUUGGAGGCCAGAGGAUCCCGACCCAUGUGGUUGGAGAGGUGUAACUUGUGAUCGGAUAACCAAGAGAGUGGUAUAUUUGAGUCUGAAGGACCGCAGGUUGAGUGGACCUAUAUCAGCUGACCUCGGGAAGCUAGACCGCUUGAGGAUUCUGGCUCUAUAUAACAAUAACUUCUAUGGAAAUAUUCCUUCUGAUUUGGGAAAUUGCACCGAGUUACAGGGAUUAUACUUGCAAGGUAACUACUUGAGCGGAGUUAUUCCAAAUGAGCUGGGAAAUCUAUCGCAGCUUCAGUACCUGGAUGUCUCAAGCAACUCACUUAGUGGGUCUAUUCCCCAGUCACUUGGGAAACUCAGCAAACUCGUUAAUUUCAAUGUCUCGAAUAACUUUCUCAUGGGGCCAAUACCAUCAGAGGGUUCACUUACCAAGUUUCCCGACAGCUCGUUUGCUGGAAAUAAAGGUUUGUGUGGGAAGCAGAUCAAUGAAGCUUGUAAAAAUGAUAACGGGCCAUCCAAUAAUUCAUCUGGGCCUCUGUCAGCUCUAGGUCAAGGAGGCAAGAAGAAAUACCCUGCACGGUUGCUUGUCAGUGCAUUUGCAACCAUUGGUGCUCUGCUCCUUGUUGCACUCAUGUGCUUCUGGGGCUGUUUUCUCUACAAAAAGUUUGGCAGAAAUGAAAGUAGCAGUAUUGCAAUGGAUGUUAGCGGAGGUGCAUCAAUUGUUAUGUUUCAUGGGGACUUACCAUACUCUUCGAAAGACAUUAUUAAGAAGUUGGAGACCUUGACGGAGGAGCAUGUGAUAGGUUGUGGGGGCUUUGGGACAGUCUAUAAGCUGGCAAUGGAUGAUGGCAGUGAGUUUGCCUUAAAGAGAAUUGUUAAGAUGAAUGAAGGCUUUGACCGCUUCUUUGAGAGGGAGCUUGAGAUUCUUGGAAGUAUAAAACAUAGACACCUAGUGAAUUUGCGAGGAUACUGUAAUUCUCCAACAUCAAAAUUGUUGAUAUAUGACUAUCUACCUGGCGGCAGCCUUGACGAAGUACUCCAUGAAAGAUCUGAACAGCUGGAUUGGGAUGCACGCCUGAAUAUCAUUGUGGGAGCUGCGAAAGGACUUGCGUACUUGCAUCAUGAUUGUUCCCCUAGGAUCAUACAUCGAGAUAUAAAGUCAAGCAAUAUCUUACUCGAUGGCAAUUUAGAGUCUCGAGUGUCUGACUUUGGUCUUGCUAAAUUGUUAGAAGAUGAAGAGUCACACAUUACAACCAUUGUUGCUGGAACCUUUGGUUACUUGGCUCCUGAGUACAUGCAAAGUGGUAGAGCGACAGAAAAGACGGAUGUUUAUAGCUUUGGGGUGCUGGUGCUUGAAGUAUUAAGUGGAAAGCGACCAACUGAUGCAUCAUUCAUUGAGAAGGGUCUCAAUAUUGUUGGUUGGGUAGGUCCCUUCACUUUGUACUCUUAA